GAAGGAAAAAAAAAACGCAUGCGUACCACGCUGUGGACGCGAUGCAAAAGAACAACGUGAACAUUCGUUGUGUCGCAUCACAUUUCCCGGUAGAUUCAAAAACCUGUCUCAUCUGAAAAAAGACGUUAAAUCGAAAAUAAUCAUAUACAUCAAACGCUGCCGAACAAUGUAACCGAAUGCAAUCUCUACAGAGGUCACCACUAAUUGCCAGUACUAUGGCAACGAUCUUUGGCACGUGGAGACCUCUUCACGGAUUAAAAUCUUUCACCAUGCAUUAGAAACGACCACUUUGGACCGCGUGUAUUCCACCAUUAAUUCGUUAACCCCGUGCUGUGCAUUCCUUCGCGGUUAUCAAGAUCGUGAACAUAGACUACCUUAAUAAUUAUUCUACCAUGGACUUCUUCCUCGUACGGGCUGUAACGAAAAAAGCAGCUGUGGGUCUGUCAGUCGAGAGCGAUUCGUAAAAACGAACGGUGACAGGAGGUGACAAUUAUUCGAAUAAGGGGGUAACCUGAUUGUGUCUUUCUUCGUCUAUCAUCUAGAUCCGUUCUUUGUUGUUUCUUUUCUUUGUCUGAUAAUCGAGUGGCCAAGCGAGUUGCCAUUAGCCUCUCUCAUUCUAAUUAACGAGCGACCUGUACGCGUCCGACCAACGAAACGAGACGACGAAUAGAACUGCUAACAGUAGGAUGAAGAUGGAGGAUAAAACUGAGAGAGGAGAUGAACAGGGAAGAAGGAUGCCAAACGAGCCGGCCAACCACGUGACUAUCGGGCGGGGGUGGCAGGCGACAUUUCGCAUGCUCAGAACUCCACAGGCUGCAGUAUAUCGCACACCGAGCCGAUACGCUUCACAGGGAAACAAUAGUGUUAACUGCGUUUGUGAUAUAAAAAAUUCAUCAAAAAAGCCUCGAAAAACGCGUAUCGAGUGGAUGUAACCUCGAAAAAGAUCAACUAUUGCUUUUCGUUUCGACCGGUUACUUCGAAACAUACAUACUAUCCACGGAUUCCAUGGUUUCACCCUUCGCGCGGUACACGGAUAAAACUGUUCGGGAGAUGUUUUCUCGCGAGAUCAUCGACCAAACUCUUUCAAUAGCAUUACGCUUAUAGUUUCUUUCGUGGAGUGAAUUUUUGAAUGGAUUUUUGUUGAUCAAAAAAUUAUUUCGUGUUGUUAGGAACAGUCGAUUGAUAGUGCAUCCGUCGGUUGUCAUAAUGUUCUCGUGGUCGUGGAAAGUGCGAGAAAAGUGAGAGGUUGUGUGCUUAAACCCCAAGUGCAUCACAUACACGCAUUCACAUACAUACAAUAUAAGCAAAAGGAUGACGAUGCUACUAUUAGGAGAGAAUCGAAUACAGCUUCCUUGAUCUACGAAUAAUUUGCGGCGAAGCACCCUCGUUCUUGGUCCAGCUUUAACACCGGAUACAAGACAGAGUGAUAUGUUAACCGAAGACAAUGAUCCAACGAAACCAGCAGGCGUUUUAGAUAAUGCUGGCAACGUGUCAUCGUCGACAGAGGCCUCGGUACAGCAUCCUCGAGCCGCAAACAAUGGUAAAUAAAGCUCCUCCAUUCCGGGUCCAUUUAAAAGGCUACCCUUUUAAAGAGACAGAAGUCAAAAACGAGGUGCAAGAUUGUCCCGAAACCGACAGCGUGCCCAGCGGAGAAUUGUAUAUCGAUGAGAAUGCAGAGGAAAAGGAGCAAGAAUAUCCGGAUUCUAUGGAAAAGGCAGAUUACAGUUCGUUGUACGGAGCCAAUCAAUAUUAUAACAGUUUAUACAACUCGCCACCCUAUGGGUCAACUACAGCUGGGAAAAACACCUCAAGCUUGCAAAGUUCUUACCUGACCUCGUACACGACGCCAAGCUCCAUGACUCAAUACUCGUCUUACGCUACGUACAAUAGCGGCCCCACAAAUUUUCCUAAUGUGGCUCAAAAUAUAUCACCAUCUUCACAGAAGUUAGAUUACAGCGCCUAUAGUAGCAGUUUAUACGGAAAUGACAGGGUACCAUUACAGUAUUCCGGAUAUUAUCCUAUGCACGGUUACCAUGCAACACCCACCUCGUUUAACAUUGGAAACUUAAAUUUUGCUGAUUCGACAAAAUCUGCACUUACGUUGGACGCAACAACUCACGAUGCCAGCGAUCUUACCGCACGAGAAACCGCAAACAUCGAAGGUAACACGAUUCGAGCGACAGCGAAACCUUGCAGACGCGGAAGACGUCAAAGCGGAAGUGGAAAUAGUAUAGGUUCUGCGGAUACGACAGAAGCCGGUCCUGACCGGAUAUUCAUUUGGGACCUGGACGAAACCAUAGUUGUAUUUCACUCUCUACUUACUGGACAAUUUGCAACGAAGCACCGUAAGGAUCCGGCUCUUCUGGCCCAAGUGGCAUAUAGAAUGGAGGAGAUGAUAUUUAAUUUGGCUGAUACUCACUUUUUUUUCAAUGAUGUCGAGGACUGUGAUCAAGUACACAUCGAUGAUGUAUCAUCAGAUGAUAAUGGACAAGAUUUAUCUUCUUAUAAUUUUGCUAACGAUGGUUUCCAAUGUGCAUCUACAAACAAUGGUAUUUGCUUGGCUUCUGGUGUAAGAGGUGGUGUUGAUUGGAUGCGAAAACUAGCCUUUCGUUAUCGAAAAAUUAAAGAAAUCUAUAAUAAUUAUCGAAAUAAUGUUGGCGGUUUGUUGGGUGCUGCGAAACAAGAACAAUGGUUACAACUUCGUUCAGAGAUCGAAGUAUUGACUGACAAUUGGCUAACGUCCGCUGUAAAAUGUUUGAGUCUUAUAAAUAAAAGAAGUGACUGCAUUAACAUUUUAGUCACUACCACACAAUUAGUACCAGCUUUAUCGAAAGUAUUACUUUUUGGAAUUGGCGGAAUAUUUCCAAUUGAGAAUAUUUAUUCUGCUUCAAAAAUUGGAAAAGAAAGUUGUUUUGGAAGAGUAGUCGCGCGAUUUGGUCGAAGAUGUACGUAUGUGGUAAUAGGCGACGAUACUGAUGAAGAAACGGCAGCACGUGCCCACAAUUUCCCAUUUUGGAGAAUAAGUAGUCAUUCGGACACACAAUCAUUGUAUAACGCCUUAGAAAUGGGAUUUCUUUAAACAGAAUACAUUUAUAAAAAAAAUAGAGUUAAGAAGAAUGGAAAGUUUCAAAACAUUAUGUCUAAAAUGAGAAAUAUCUUAGUUCGUUAAAUGGGAACUUAUAUAAAAUAUUUCUAUAUUCUCUACUAUCGAUAAUGAAAAGUAAAAAAAAAAAAAAAAAAAAAAAAAAAGAAAGAAAAAGAAAG